CUCGUUAGGUUGCCUAUACUGAAAUAAAUAACAUUUUCAAUUUAAAAUAUACGAGUGUGGAUAAUUCAAUUUAUUUUGAUAAAACUGUUAACCAUCAGCAAAUUUUAUGUUGAAAAUGCUGCAAACCAAUUGCAAAAACAACAUGCUGGACUCACAAGUGAAUAUAGUAAAGCGUUUGGAAAAGUUAAGCAAAUGGCAGGAAGAACAGAAACGUCUGUUGGACGACCGCCAGAAUAUGCAGCGAAAAAUGCUGGGUUUAGAGCACCAGGAUAUAUAUGAGAAAAUGGGAUUCCUACAUGGAAAUGACAUAAUUCAGAAUAUAGACAAAGGCGGUGGUGACACAUCAGGGGAUCAGUUAAAAAAAUACGAAAUUAAAGAUGAUUUUGAUUCUGACAGUGAAAUCAAAGAAAUAGAAAGCAGAUUAUUUCAAAGUAGAAAUAAAACUCAAGGAGAACUCUCAAAUCAAAGAAAUUACGACAGUAUUGACUACAACAACGAACAAAUUGAAGUUAAAGAUAUAAAACCCAAGAGACCAUAUCUUAAACGAGGAGAGGGCAUAAAGGCACGAUAUAAAAUCUCACCUGAAUCAUUGAGACUAAAUAAUUUACCCCGAUAUAAGUAUGCCGAUGCACAUUCCAAAAUUAAAAAUAUACAAAGACGCAAGUUAGCUCCUAGAGUGAAACCAUCCCAAAAAAAUUCAAUGAUAGAAACUAAUAAAAGGGAUUCUAUUGAUGAAAUAAAACAUGAUCUUAAUGAGAAGCAAUUUCAUAAAAUGUUGGCCAAUGCAAAUCCUCCUAAUAGUUCUACACCAGAUACAAGGCCUCUCAAAGCAGAUCCAUCUUCAAUUUCUAUAACUCUACCCAAUGUUCGGCUAGGUGAAACUGAAAUUAAAGAAACAAAAUCCUGUGAAGAUUUUGAAGAAAAUGUAGCGGAACAUCAAGUUGAACCAUAUGUCGCAAUUACUUGGUCAAAAGUUCUCAAUCCACAACAUUUGAAACCCGUACCUAUACACGAAAUACGGCAAAAUUUAUCUAACUCUGGGAGAAAUGAUUGUUAUGAUGAUGAAAAUCUCAGUAUCUUUGAACUUCUUGAGCGGCAAGCUGACCAAGGAGCUAUAGAUAUGAACUCCAGUUGUGUAAGAAAAUUCCUAAACAAUAAAAUGAAUAAUGAUAAAAAUGAAGUAAAUGAUAGUAAAAUGCCUAUAAAUAGUCGAUAUGCGGAUUGUCGCUUGCGACCUACUGUCGAAGAGGUGUUAAGAAGCGAUUCUGACGACGAAAAUAGUUUUUCUGAUGCCACUGACGAUAGAGACCAGAGAUGUCAAACACCUGGUAUUUUAACUUACCUAAGUGCGGAAUCUAGAAACGAGUCCACAUUACAUGCCGACAAGGUGAAUUUACAUGUCCGUUUUUCUGAAGAAAAUACAUCUUGUAAAUAUGAAAAUGGCGAAGAUAUAAUUUCCAACAAUUCAAUAUUAGAUGAAGAAACGUCCUCAAAUAAAAGUUCAUAUUUAUUUCAUCAAUUCAAGGAUGCCCUCUUUAGCGCACUGCUAGGCAAAGAUGCUGGCGACGACAAAACAACAGAUCAAAAUAUGUUGAUAUCCUCGCCACCAUCUGCGUUAACGCAGGAGCUACAAGAGAAGAGCAACAUAAUUAAAUUACGUCUAGAAGAGCUGGAAAAGGAAAUAGCUUCCUUCCGGAACAAUAACAUUGAAUUGUUGCGAGCCAAACAGGAAUAUGAAAUGGAAAAAGCUCAUUUCAGUCAAGAACGCAAUGAAGCGUUGGAUCGUUUAAAAGACGAUAAGAUUCAAAUGGAAAUGUACCUUCAUGAUGAAAGAAUGAAAAUUGAAGAAGAGAGGCGUAAAUUUGAACAUCAAAUGCGUGUACAAAAACAAGUUAUAACCAACAAAGAACGAAAGGAAAUUGCACGACUCAAAGAUGAAUUAGAAACGCUCCAAAGUCAAUUGAAACAAAAGGAGCAAUUACAUGCAUCUGCGCAGGCGCGUUUGCGUGUGCAAAUAAGAAACAUGGAGCGCGAUCAAAAGCAACUAUAUGAAGACAUUGAACGAUUAACUAAGGAAAAUAAGCGAUUACAAAAUGAGAAACAGAAACUCGAAAGGGAAGGUAACAAUAAAAUGCUUAUGGAAAUCAAUAGAAACAUAGCAAAAUUAGCGCCAAAAGUGACCAAUGUAAACACAUGCAAUGCAAGCUCUGAAUAUUUCGAAUUAAAUAAUCGAUCUGGCUUUAAGAACUCGAAGGCAUUACACUAUUCAUCUACACAAAAAUCAAAUGGAAAAAGUCAUCGUAUAAUGAAAGCUCCACCUAAUACACGAAAUACUAGCAGAACAGAUUUAAAAAACGAUUCAGAAAAUUCAUGUGCUUUGUAUAAAUUGGAUAUUGAUGACCGGUGUAACGACUCUGAAGGGGAUUUAGCAGAUGAUGAUGAUGACGAUAUUAUUUCCGAAUUGAGAGAGACCCAGAAUUGUAGAAAUGUAAAAUCUGUUGAAAGUACAAGUCAUUCCAAUACCUCGAAAGAUACUGUAAUUUGCAAAAGCGAUCUUAACAAAGAAACGGACAGGCCUAAUGUAAAAACGCAUAGCGUCGAUAUAGCAACGGCAGCGAACAGAAAAAGGAUUAGUAAAUGCGCUGUAGAGCCUGAAGAAAAUUAUCGACGUGAAAUUAUUAAUCCAGAUGGAAGUAAAGACAUUUUAUAUCCCAAUGGCAACUUAAAAAAAAUCUCAUCGGAUGGCAUGAACAUCCGUAUGUUAUACUUCAACAAGGAUAUUAAAGAGACUAAUGUCAAUGAGGGGACUGUUAAAUAUUACUAUGCUGAAACAAAUACCUGGCAUACGACGUACCUAGAUGGCUUGGAAAUUCUAGAAUUUCCCAAUGGUCAAACCGAACAUCGUUAUAAGAACGGAGUUAUAGAAAUUCAUUUGCCCGACAAUUCUGUGAAAAUUACAAAUCCCGCUGAGAGAGACAAACUAGAAGAAUGGCGUUUUGCCGAUGGCACAAAUUUGAUACAAAUGCGAAACGGUGAUAAAGUUUUGAUGUUACCAAAUGGUCAAAAAGAGAUACAUACCAAACUUAACAAGAGACGUGAAUAUCCGGAUGGCACAGUCAAACUCGUUUAUCCCGACGGAAGUCAGGAGACGCGAUACUCAAAUGGACGGGUUCGGUUAAAAGACAAAGACGGCAACUUGGUCAUGGAUACUGAACGAAUUUAAAUGAAUGUAUUGUGUAUAACUAUUUUACAAAAUAUUCUGUGUCAACUGUAAAUUAAAAUGUAAAAAAACAAUAUAAAA